AUGCCUUCGCUCUCUUUCUUGGUCAAGGCCCUCCCGGCCCUUUCAGCCACGGCCUUGGCUUCCGCCAGCCUGCCGGCCAAGCCUUCGGAUCUGUCCACACCCAUGCAGGUCCGCAUCGCUGUUAGUGGCGCAAACAGCAUGUCUGUUGGCUGGAACACAUACCAGCAGUCGGGCAGUCCCUGCGUCAGCUACGGCACCUCGGCCAACUCGCUUACACAAAAGUCUUGCUCGACCAAGUCCGACACGUAUCCGUCGUCGCGCACAUGGUUCCAUACCGUCUACUUGAACAACCUGACUCCUGCCACCAAGUACUAUUACAAGAUCGAGUCGACCAACUCUACCGUGGAGCAGUUUCUUUCUCCCCGAGUCGCUGGUGACAAGACUCCCUUUGCCAUCAACGCCAUUAUCGACCUUGGCGUCUACGGCGAGGACGGCUACACGAUCGAGAACGACCAGGCGAAGCGCGAUACGAUUCCCAACAUCCCCCCCUCGCUCAACCACACGACCAUUAAGCGCCUUGCCGACACGGCCGACGACUACGAAUUCAUCAUCCACCCGGGUGACCUAGCCUACGCUGACGACUGGGCUCUGCACGGCAAGAACCUCUUUGACGGCAAGAAUGCAUUCCAGGCCAUUCUCGAAGAGUUCUACGGGCAGCUCGCCCCCAUCUCCUCGCGCAAGCCCUACAUUGUCAGCCCCGGUAACCAUGAAGCCUCGUGCGAAGAGAUUCCUCACACCAGCUGGGCCUGCCCGAGCGGCCAGAAGAACUUUACCGACUUUAUGACGCGCUUCAACGGCAACAUGCCCACCGCGUUUGCCUCGACAUCUAAGGUCGAUAAGGCCAAGGUCAGCGCCAACAAGGCCCAGCAGCUGGCUAACCCGCCUUUCUGGUUCUCUUUCGAGUACGGCAUGGCGCACAUUGUUAUGAUUAACACCGAGACUGAUUUCCCGUCGGCGCCCGAUGGCCCGGACGGCUCGGCCGGCCUCAACAGCGGUCCUUUUGGCGGCCCAGAGCAACAGCUGCAGUUUCUCGAGGCCGAUCUUGCGUCCGUCGACCGAAGCGUGACUCCGUGGGUCAUUGUCGCUGGCCACCGCCCGUGGUACACGACUGGUGGCGACGGCUGCACGCCGUGCCAGCAGGCCUUUGAGCCGCUCUUUUACAAGUACGGCGUCGACCUGGGCGUCUUUGGCCACGUGCACAACUCGCAGCGCUUCAACCCCGUCUACAACGGCACGCAGGACCCUGCCGGCAUGAAGAACCCCAAGGCGCCCAUGUACAUUGUGUCGGGCGGCACGGGCAACAUUGAGGGCCUCAGUCCGGUCGGCAACAAGCCCGACUACACGGCGUUUGCGUACGCCGACCACUUUAGCUACGCGACGAUUCGCUUCCAGGACACGCAGAACCUCCAGGUCGACUUUUACCGCUCGGCGACGGGAGAGCUGCUGGAUAGCUCGGUGCUGUUCAAGGAACACAAGGACCAGUUUGUUGUGCAGAACUAG